UACUAUAUCGAAAAUGGCUUGAUUGGCGAAGGUGGAUUUGGUGGAGUUUUCAAGGGUUAUGCCAUAAAAGGAACUAAAAAAACACCGGUCGCCCUGAAAUUUGUAGAUUAUAAAACGGUUCGUGAGUAUCGCAAGGAUAAAGACCUCGGUGAUGUACCAAGUGAAGUGUAUUUCCUGAAGAAGAUGAAAGAUCAUUCAAAUGUCAUCAAGUUCUAUCAUUAUCAGUCUUUAUCAUCUGAGGAAUUUGUGAUCAUUUGCGAAAGACCGACUCAUUGCAAAGAUCUCCGAAGCCUCAUGUGGGACGUAGGAGGUUUCUUCACCGAGGAUGAAACUCAACAAUGCAUGAAGAAGUUGGUCAACGUUGUAUUGGCGAUGUCCAAGAAGAACAUCGUUCAUCGUGAUCUGAAAUUGGAGAACAUCCUUUAUGAUUUUGAUACUGGUGAAAUCAAGUUGCUUGAUUUUGGAUUUGCGGGCUAUAAUAAACCUGGCAACCUAGUUGACGCAUUCUGUGGCACUCCAUACAAUAUGCCUCCGGAAUAUAUUCUGCAUGAAUUGUAUGAUCCUUGCAAGGAAGCUGUGCGGUCUAUUGGAGUCAUGAUAUAUGAAAUGUUGCACGGCGAACCACCUUUUACGGAUUACACAACAUUUGCAGAUGUUAUCUCAGGACCGCCAAAACUGGAUGAUUUAUCUGAAGAUUUGCAAGACCUAAUGAGAAAAUUAUUUAGCAUGGACCCAGCGGCCCGACCAAGUAUAAAGAAAGUUGCAAAGCACUCCUGGUUGCGAGUAAAGCGUUCAUUCACUGAACGACUGUCAUCCUUUUUCCGUCGUAUUUUCCACAGACGUCGUGGUUCAUACGACGUCUCUGCCAUUGUGAUGGCAAAACAAACGUCAUUCCAGGCUCUUCACCAAUCACCUGGAAGCAAAUCGCCAACAAUCAGUGGCCAGUUAUCUGUUGGCCAGUCAUCGAACCAAUCCCAGAUAAACAGUCAGGAAUUGUUGGAGACGUCUAUGGAAGAAAAUUACCAGGAAUGGCCGAUCACUGUCGAUGAGCCGGCCAGCCAUUGCGACCAGUAGUUACCAUUCUGAUGACAGGAUAUUCGGCUCCAGGCUUGUGGCUCCGGGUUCGCGAAAACGGAGCUGGAGUGGUUAGUUUUCAUACAAGCCGAUGUGGCCGCUUCGCUUUGGAAAUCGAAAAAUUUAA